CUUCAACUUUGGCAACUUCCCCAUUCAUCUCUUUCUACGCUUCCAGUUUGGGUAGCCAUAGCCAUAGGCAUAGCAAGCAUUUCGUCUUCUCUCCUUCUUCACUUCCAAUUAGCGCAUCCAUAUGAGACAAACUUCGGAGACGCAAUAUUCAGCGCGUGAAAUUGAUGGAGAAGCAGUGAUCUGAUCGAGAAAGCUGCUCCAGCCGCCGGCAAAACCUUGCAUCGUCGGAAGCAGCUUCCUUUGUAUUUCCAGAAAUUGUUUGAUUGCUGCAUUAUCCGGUUAUCUUGUCUAACAGAUUAAACAAUGAACGAAACCGGAACAUCCGAGGAGGUGGAGGAGUUGUUGGAUUAUUUUUCGAGGUUGCCUGAAUCUGUUGUUCAUCACAUAUUGUCAAUCCUUCCGUUCAAGGCUGUUGUCCGUUGUUCUGUCCUGUCUAAGACGUGGAAUCGCAUAUGGUCCAAUUACCCCAACAUUGCAUUGGUGUUGUCUGACGAUAUAAUCCCUUAUCAACAAUAUCAUGGGCGCCAAUUACUGGAUUCAAUUGAGGGGAUCUUGGAGCAAUGCCUCUUUCGAAAAGCUUGCAUUCAGAAAUUGCUGUUAAGUAUUAGCUUUGUCAGUAGUGAUCUGGAAGAGUUUGCCCCCAAUAUGGAUCGCUGGUUGGGGGCUGCAAUUGAGAGGAAUGUUUCCGAGCUAGUGCUUGACCUUACUCACUUUAGUUUGGAUGCUCUAGACAUUUUUUAUUCUAUUCCAGAGAGAGUUGUUGUUGCCCAUUCACUCAAGGUAUAGACGUUGCACAGUGUAAGUUUGAGGAUAGGUUUACCUGCUGUAUUGAGCUAUCACAUCUGCAGACAUUAAAGCUUCACGACUGCCAAUUCGUGGGUGAGAAUGUGUUGAACAAGAUUCUAUCUGGAUGCCCUGUGUUGGAGUUUCUCGAUGUAAUUGAUCAGGGUGGCGGCAGUGGAAGUUUGAUCUCUAUUUCGUGUAACCCUAGGUUAAAAUAUUUCUGUAUUGAGGGUGGUACACAGCUGAAGAGGAUUGAAAUCUACUCCGCUCCCAGUCUUGAAACAUUCAAAUGUAUGCCAGGAAAAGGAAAUCCAUGUGCCAUUGACUUGGAUACUUGCACUGCUCUGAAACAUUUGUAUUUAAAAGAAGCUUACCUCUCUGCUCAUCAUCUUCCUAUCCACAAUCUUUUGUCUAAACUUGUCUGUAUUGAAAGUUUGGAAUUGUAUGAUUGUGAAGCAGCAGACCAAAUUAAGAUCUCAAGUGCAUGUCUCAAGAGACUAGUUUUAAGCUAUUUCAGUAGCUUUCCUGGUGCUAUAAUGGACCUUCCAAAUUUACUUGAUCUAAACUUGGAUGUUUUCCGUGAAUGUAACUUAGAUUUUAAGUUCAGUUCUUGGAAUGUCCCAAAAGUAGAAAAUUUUCACAUGUCGUUUUCUGCUAAAAGCUUCUGGAGUGUUUGCAGGGCUGGACUAGAGGGGUUCCUUAUGCAAUUACAUAAUUAUGAGAGUUUGAAUUUGUUUAUUACAGGCAGCAUCCAUAGAGAUGGAUAUGGAAGUGGAUGUAACAUAAUUCUGCAUGAGAAACUGUUUGCAGUUCCAUUUUCGUCUGUCAAUGAGUUCCUAAUAGAAGCCAUGCCAAAUUCUAUUGUCAUAUCAUCCAUGAGAGAAGAAUAUUUAUUGACAAGAGUUCUGUAUACUGGAAUAUUCCCUGCUCGUCUAUCCUUGAUAUUUUCUUCUCGCCAAAGCAUUGAGUUGGUGUAUAAAAACUUGAUCAAAGCUCACCCAGAAUGGAGGUUUCAGCUCCUUUCAACCCAGGAGAUAGAGUGUGGAAUGGACUCUGCAUGGAAAUCCUUCAUCAACGCCCUUUCAACCGGUUACCACACUACUACAAUAAUCAUCGAAGAAGGGACGGGCUUUUGAUAUAUGAAGUUAAAAUAUUGUACUCCGUACAAGUUAGCUUUCAUUUGGAAAGCAACAAAAUGAUUUCAGGAAAAUAUUUAUUAGAAAAUGACGCAUUUUUUAGAAAG